CCGCGCACACGCAUUCAGCCCCCAGCCAACUAUAACACAUCUGCAUACACAUUAGUUACACAGGGGCACCCCCAACGCUAAAAAGCUUCCCAAAAAUGGCGGAGCGCGAGCUUGCCCUCUACUCAGCUAAGAUUGCAGAGCAGUCUGAGCGCUACCAGGAUAUGGUGGAGGAGAUGAAGAAGGUCGCUGUGCUGGCGAACGAGCAGGAGCUCUCCGUGGAGGAGCGGAACCUGCUGUCGGUCUCCUACAAGAACUUGGUUGGCUCCCGCCGCGCUAGCUGGCGCAUUCUGCAGAGCAUUGAGCAAAGCGAGCAGGCUAAGGGCAAUGAGAAGCGCGUUGCCAUGAUUAAGAAGUAUCGCAGCGUGGUGGAGGGGGAGCUGGACAAAAUUUGCCAGGAGAUCCUGGACCUCCUUGACAAGUACCUGAUUCCCAGCGCCUCCACCACGGAGGCCGCCGUCUUCUACCUCAAGAUGAAGGCUGAUUACCACCGCUACCUCUCUGAGUAUAAGGUGGACGAGGCCAAGUCGGCGGCCGCGGAGAUGACGUUGGCCGCCUACAAGGUGGCACAGGAGAAGGCUGACGAGCUGCCCACUACCAACCCCAUUAGGCUUGGUCUGGCGCUCAACUUCUCGGUUUUCUACUACGAGGUGAUGAACCAGCCAUCCUUGGCAUGCUCGCUGGCCAAGAAGGCCUUUGACGAGGCCAUCUCUGACCUCGACUCGCUCGGCGAGGACUCCUAUAAGGACAGCGCGCUCAUUAUGCAGCUGCUGCGUGACAACCUCACGCUUUGGACGUCAGAGAUGCAGGACGAGGACAAGAACCGGAGCUGAGUGGGAGGCUUAAGCAGCUUUUCGUGUCUAAGGGCUUCUUUUCGUACCGUACACUGCACCCAGCCAGCGCACUUGUCGCUGUCAAAGUCCCGGUUUGGACAUGUCGCGGGGAUGUAGGCCUGUCGUUGCUUCCACCGGGGGUAUUGUUAUGAGGGGAUUGUCAUGGAUUGGCUGUUGCCAUAUGGGUUUAAUUAGGUCUUGCGCAUGAGGACAGAACCUGUCCCUAGUUCUAUUAGGAAGGGUGUUUUGGGAGAGAGACUACCUGGGUUGCCACGUGUAUUGUUAAGUCAGGUGCUGCCAUGAGAUGCCGUUGCCGCACGGCUGCCGACAAUAAGUGAACUCUAUUGAACAUGAG